AGUGUACCCAGCCAAUAACCAUUGACCUACAAGCAUGGCGGAGGAAGAGACAUUUGCGAACUUUCUCCAAGCAACUGGGGGAGAAAAUGCGAAGCAGAAGAAAAAGACAGGCGGCGAAAGUGAGGAGGACCGCAAGUCUGCACAUAAGUCCAAACUGCAAAAGGAACAGAGCAAAGCAGAGCUUGAGGCAGCCAUACGAAAGCGGGUAGACUGUGAGGAGAAAGCCUUCAGGGUUGUGGAGAGGCUGUUGGACAACCCUGUAGACACAGACUUCUUUGUCAACUGUGCCCAGUACAUUGAGCCCAGCCACUAUGCAGAUGUGCUGGUGGAACGUUCCAUUGUCGGCCAGUGUGGGUAUCCUGUCUGCAGCAACAAACUACCCAAGACCAAGCCCAAGCAGCAGUAUCAUAUUGACACCAGGCAUAAUAAAGUCUAUGACAUCACAGAAAGAAAGAAUUUCUGCAGUAACUGGUGCUACAAGGCCUCCCAGUUCUACAAGAACCAACUUUUCACAUCGCCUGUCUGGGCAAGGGACAAGGAAAAACCUGUGCCUGUCAGGCUGCUUCAGAUGGAGGGGUCAUCUGAGGUCACUUCUGAGUCAUGUUCCAGUCAAGGGGAUCAUCAAGGUUCAACAGGUAAAGAGGACUCAACUGAAGAAAACUUGCAAACUACUCAAGUACAUCUGAAACAGGAAUGUACAGAGGACAGCACUACGCUGGAGCAUACCAAAGAAACAGAUGAUUCUGGGGAAAGUUCUGGUCAAGGUGCAGAAGUAAAGUUCUCGAAACUGUCACUUUCAGACUCUGUAGUAAAACAUGACAAUGGUGUUGGUAAGGAGGACAGGGAAGAUGCAAGUGAGACAUAUGAUAAGACAAUGGCAGAUAGAGACAGUUCAAAGGAGGACAUAUUGGAUGUUGAAAAGAAGGUCAGUCAACCAAAAACAGUUACUGUUAAUGAAGGCCAGGAGGAGGAAAAUCAGACAAUGACAGAGGGGAGACAAGAAGACACAUCAGGAGGGGUGGAGAAGAUACCCUCAGGUGAGGGAGAAGACGUUGUACUGCAGACAGCCCCAGCUGCUGUGGUCCAAACCAGACAUGACACAGCUGCACCUAUGACACAGGUGUCUGUCGCUCAGACUGUCUUCAAGUCCUUAAUGGAGUGGAGAACUGAGAUGACCUUCAAGUUUCUGUAUGGCGGUCACGUGGAGGUCAACUUGGUCCUUCCUGAGGUCUUGAGGUUCACAACUCAGGAAGAGUUAAGGGCUGCCGCAGGGACAACACAAGAGCAGGAUGCUUCUCUACAACACCAUGACAACCAACACCAUGGCAACCAACACCAUGACAACCAACACCAUGGCAACCAACACCAUGACAACCAACACCAUGGCAACCAACACCAAGGCAACCAGCACCAUGGCAACCAACAGCAUGGCAACCAACAGCAUGGCAACCAACAGCAUGGCAACCAACAGCAUGGCAACCAACACCAUGGCAACAAACACCAUGAUAACCAACACCAUGGCAACCAACACCAUGGCAACCAUAUCCAUGGCAACAAGCACCAUGGCAACAACACAUCUCAACAGAUGGCAGAUGAGAAUGUUGUUAAAGCAGAACACUCCAAGAAAGUUAGAUUUCAGGAAGACCAGAAAGACUUCACCCAGCCACUAUCCAUCUGUAUUCCCGAGGACCCCUGUCAGAAUGAUGAGGAAGUGCAGCUAGGAUCUCUGCAGGGAAAAGACCCCAAAGAAUCACAAGACGGCCAUGUGUACCAGGGUGGUCCUGACCUUGACCCCUGUGACACGGGGCCCGCGACCCGACCCCUGCCUGACCUGGCGACCCUGCGGCGCGACGCGGCCCUGUUCCAGAUGAGGGUUCAGGAGUUCUACAGAGGGGGGACACAGCUGCCUGUCAGUCAGGAGGAGGGGUUAGAGGUCACGGAGAAGAGGAUUGAAGAUGAUGAUGAGCAUCCAGUUAUCUUGCCCCCAGUGGACUCCCAGGCCCAGAGAGCUCUGCAACAGAAGAUCCUAUUGGACAGGCUGAACAGGGUGUUCCCCUCAGUGUUGGCCCCCCUGCGACUGAGUGUGAGAGACUUUUCUACUGAACUCAACCUGCUGGUCAAGACAUUCAGGUUGACCAGUGACAACAUCGUCUUCAGACCUGCUGAGUUGAAGCUUCUGGCUGUUGUACUAAUCCACAUCUUGGCCACUAAGGUUCAGGUGAUCAUGCAGAGUCUGUACUGUCCUGAGACUGCUCAGUUCCUGACGUCUCUCCUGCGCCCAUGGAGACUGGACUUACAGGACCUGGACGCACUAGUGUCUGUCAUGAGACUGGGAUGAGCUAUAUUACUCUACUGUAAUACAGUAGUAUAUCAAUUACUCUACUUUAGGCAGGGGAGAUUUAUACUGCAAGGCCUGUACUGUUCAAUGUCAAUACUUUAAUGUAGUAUCCGGAUUUACAUUUGUUCAUAUUGCAUAAAAUCUACUGUCCAACCUACAAUCUUAUUUGA